UUGCGCACUUUAAAUCUAAAAUAUCGAUACUAUCGAACCACCUGAACUCAAUAUAUUAAUCGAGGAGAAUUUAAAGUGUUUAUUAUUAUAUUAUUAUUUAUUAACUAUUUUAUAAAUCAUUUCUAUUAAAACUUUGGCAUUUAAAAAAUGAUUAAUUAACAAAAUCAAAAUUUAAUUACUAUUAUUGUAUAUUUUGAUAGAAAAGAAUUUGAAAAAAUUAGGUUAUGUUAUUGUUUUUAAAGUAUUUUAAAAUAAAAUUUAAUCAUGGAACGAUUUCUGCCAGUUAUAACUUCACCCAAAGCAUCUCCACAGAAAAAUUUAACCGGAAACCCACGAAUCAUCAAGGACUUAGCUGCUGAUAUUCAUAGAGAUAUUCAAACAUGGAAUGGAAUUCAUUUGCACGGAUUGUCAAUUAUAAAAUCAAUAACAGCAAUUAAAACUGAUGAAUCAUUUCCAGAAGGGCUGCAAGAGCUUUGCGAUCAGUUAGAAAAUGAUAUUAAUCUAUUGGAUGAGACUGUCGUCAGACUAAAUCGUGCAUUAUCUCAAAUAAAAACAGUAUCAUUAAUCCAUAACAGUAAUGAUAAAUUAUUCAUAAUAUGGACAACUCAAAAUUUCGAGAAAGCAGUGGAACAAAUUUACGAAGCCUAUAGAGAAGAAGCUAGAUUAAAAAGAAAAAUAUUAGAAAAUGUCGCUCAUGGUUACAGUGAUUCCUGGAAAAUGUUACAUCUAGCGGCUUGGGUCCAUCAGCCAAUGAUACCUCAUAAUUUAAAUGUUACUCUAGAAUCUUUACUCGUUGAAACAGGCCACAGGUAAUAAUUAAUUAAUUACCCAAGUAGCACAGAGACAACUUUAAGAUGUCUUAAAGAUGUCUUCUAAAAGGACAAGAUAAAUUUUUUUUUGUCUCAAGGCAAAUGUUUUUAUGUAAAUAAAUCAUACAGAUGUUGGUUCAAGCACUCAUUGAGAAUUUACGUUUUCUUUUUUCCUUUUUUUAUCAAGUAAACUUGUCGCACUCAAAAAAUUUACUUCUUGUCGCAUGCAGAUUAUCGUUUAACCCACAAAAAUGUCACGGCAACAGUUGAAUCAGCAAAAAGCUACUUGGAGAAUAAAACCGCGAACAUUAAGAUAGUACUUAUAUUGCAUUAAUGAUAAAAAAAACUGUGUUCAAUUCGUGCGGUGUUGUCGAUUACUCACUCGAGCGAAUGAGCGCACUCACUUCGUUCGUGCGCUCAACUUCGAUCUCGUGGGCAAUCGACAACUUACAGCACUAGUUGUACAAUAUACUAUUUUCGGUGACAUAAAUUUCUGAUCGCUGUCAAAAUUUUGGUGGCUUAUAUAUUUUCGUUCCUCGAUAAACGUUCCGAGGAACAAAACUAUCUUCA